GAACAGCCAAAAAAAAAAAACACUUGAGAAAACAGGGGCGGCAAUGGAUAAGCUCCCCUUCUCCUUCUUCCUCUUCCUCGUCUGCUGCUACUCCCAUUUCGCCUCCGCCCAGUGCUACAAUGCCCUUUUCAACUUCGGCGACUCCCUUUCCGACACCGGCAACGUCGUCCUCGCCGGCCUCCCAUAUGGCAUGACAUACUUCGGUCACCACACCGGACGCUGCUCCGAUGGCCGCCUCGUCAUCGAUUUCAUCGCCGAGGGGAUCGGGCUGCCGCACCUGCCGCCCAACACCGCCAGCAAUGCGAGCUUCCACAGUGGCGCUAACUUCGCCUUCAUCGCUGCCCCGGCCUUGCCCUUCGAUUUCUUCCACCGUCGUGGCCUCAGCCAAGGGCUCCAUGUGAAUGCCUCCCUCCACGAGCAGAUCGAUCGGUUCCAGAAGCUUCUGCCUUCCAUUUGCGGCUCGCCCCAAGGUCUCUCCACUGGCGCUAUCUUUCGCCCAGAUAACUCUCUUCUUGAUUCCUGUAAGAUUCCUCUUGCAGAAUGCAGGGAUUUCCUGAGCAAAUCCCUUCUGGUCGUCGGAGAGUUCGGGGGCAACGACUACAACACUGGGCUUUUCGGUGGAUGGUCCAUCACUAAAGUGAGGUCCUUUGUGCCCCAUGUCACUCGAGCUGUCGCCGAAGGCAUUGAACGAUUGAUUGGCCUUGGCGCUGUUGAUCUCAUCGUUCCUUCGGUGCUGCCGGUUGGCUGCUUCCCCCUAUAUCUCACGCUCUAUCAGUCCUCUGAUCCAACCGAGUACGGCCGCCGGACCGGCUGCCUGAGAAGGUUCAACGCCCUGUCAUGGUACCACAAUGCGGCGCUCCGGCGGCAGCUGGACCGCUUCCGGAAGAAGUACCCGGCUGUAUCAAUUCGUUAUGCUGACUUCUACGCCCAGCUAUUCGACUUCGUCAUUAAUCCUGUCAAAUACGGGUUUACUGCUGGAGCCUUGAGGACUUGCUGCGGAGCUCCUGGAACAGGGAACUACAACUUCAAUCUGCAGGCCAAGUGUGACCAAAAUGGCUCAACCGUGUGCUCUGACAUAUCUGCUCAUGUAAGCUGGGAUGGAAUCCACAUGACCGAGACUGCCCAUCGCAUCAUCGCCCAGGGUUGGCUCAAUGGCCCCUAUGUCAACCCUCCCAUUUUGAGUUCCCCCACCAGCUAAAGAAUCUCGAACGUACUGUUCUUGUCAGAGGAGGUGAUUGAAUCUUUGUUUCGAUUCAUAGGCGCAAAUUGUUCAUGCUGAUCAAUUCUUUACUUUGUUAGGGCUGGGUAAAUUAAUGACCAUCAGUGUGUUUCUGACAAGGACAAAUUCUAGUUCCAUAUUUGAGUACUAAGUUCAUGGCUUACUAAUGGCAGCAACCAAGUAUCAUCAACUGAGUUCUUGAACCAGUUUGGAUGGUAAAGAAAUUCUAGUUCCGUAU